CUUGUCAUCUCAAGACUCGCCCGCUUGUCAUCUCAAGACUCGCCCUAUCAUCUAUCUCCCUGAUCCCGCGUCACCAUGGGUAGUCGGCCCGAGAUGUUCGCAAGCAAGCCCAUUGCCAUUGUAGGCAGCAGCUGCCGUCUCCCGGGCGGCGCGACCUCGCCGUCCCGGCUGUGGGAACUCCUGGAGACGCCUCGCGAUGUGGUGCAGCAAAUACCAGCGAGCCGCUUCAGCACCGAGGCAUUCUACCAUACAGACAGCCAGCACCAUGGAAGUACCAACGUCAAGCACGCCUACCUCCUUGAUGAAGAUCCCCGUGGCUUCGACCGCGACUUCUUCUCCAUCAACCCCAAGGAAGCCGAGGCCAUGGAUCCCCAGCAACGACUGCUCCUCGAGACGGUAUACGAGGGCGUCGAAUCCGCCGGGUACUCGAUACAGCAGCUCCGGGGAUCGUCUACAGCUAUAUUUGUCGGCUGCAUGUUCUACGAUUACCAGUACACGGCGGUCCGGGGCGUCGAUAGCCUGCCUCAGUACCACGCGACAGGAACCGGGUCAUCGAUCUUGUCCAACCGGGUGUCGUACUUUUACGACUGGCGCGGUCCGUCAGUGACCCUAGACACAGCCUGUUCGUCGAGUCUGGUCGCCCUGCAUCAGGCAGUCUGCGCCCUCCGGAACGGCGAGGCUAGCAUAGCUGUUGCGGCCGGCUCGAAUCUCAUCCUGGGUCCCGAGCCCUUCAUCAGCGAGUCCAAGCUCAACAUGCUGUCGCCGAAUGGGAGAUCAUAUAUGUGGGAUUCGCAGGCAGAUGGAUACACGCGCGGCGAAGGCUUCGGCGUCGUCUUCCUCAAGACGCUGAGCCAGGCCAUCGCCGACGGGGACCACAUCGAGUGCGUCAUCCGCGAGACGGGCGUCAAUUCGGACGGAAAGACGCCGGGCAUCACGAUGCCGAGCUACGAGUCACAGGCACGGCUCAUCCGGGACACGUACGCCAGGUGCGGGCUCGAUCCGUCGCGAGAAUCCGAUCGUCCACAAUACUUUGAGGCUCACGGCACUGGCACGCCGGCGGGCGACCCCAUCGAAGCCCGAGCGAUCCAGAGCGUCUUCUUCCCCAAUGACGGCGACACCGACGUCGACAAACGCGAGCACCGUGAGCUCGUGGUGGGCAGCAUCAAGACGAUAAUCGGCCACACCGAGGGCACGGCCGGUGUUGCGGGGGUGCUCAAGGCGUCGUUGGCUCUGCAGCACGGCCGCAUCCCGGCGAACCUCCACUUCCAGAACCUGAACCCCAAGAUCCAGCCGUACUACGCCAACCUACGCAUCCCGACCGAGACGGUCCCCUGGCCCAGCAUCCCGGAGGGAAGCGUGCGACGGGUCAGCGUCAACAGCUUCGGCUUUGGCGGCACGAAUGCCCACGCCAUCCUCGAGAGUUUCGAGGGCGGCGGUACCGGACCUGCCGGAGCCGAUGGUUCCGACUCGGGCUUUGACUCGGCCUCGACCUCCUCUCAGGCCGAAGCCAGUGACGGUGACGGUGACGGUGACGGUGGCCAUGGACCCAAAGUCAAAGAAGCCCAGGAGGCUGCGGUCGGACCGUUCGUCCUGUCGGCCCACUCGAGCGCCGCUCUAGCCGCAAAUGCCAGCGCCCUCGUCAGCCAUCUCCGCGCCCACUCGGACAAGAUCGACCUCACGGCCCUGGCAUACACGCUGUUCCGGCGCACCCCAUUCGCCUUCCGCGCCUCCUUCUCCGCCUGCUCGACGGCCGCGCAGCUCGCGUCCAAGCUCGAGGAAGCAGCCAAGUCUCUCGAGCGCCGAGCGGGCGUCAACUCGGUCUUUCCCGAGGCCCUACCGCCACGGAUCUUGGGCAUCUUCACCGGCCAGGGCGCGCAGUGGGCGACCAUGGGCCGGGAGCUCUACCACGGCGCCUCCGCCUCGGGGCCGUUCCGAGCUGCCAUCGACGGCAUGCAGCGGAGCCUCGAUGCCCUGCCCGCCGCCGAGGAUCGCCCGACUUGGCGGCUGGCCGGCCAGCUGCUCGCGGACGGCGGGACUUCGCGCGUCGCCGAAGCAGCCGUCUCGCAGCCCCUGUGCACGGCGCUCCAGAUCGCCCUAGUCGACACGCUGAGGGCCGCAGGGAUCGAGUUCGCCGCCGUGGUCGGACACUCCUCGGGCGAGAUCGCGGCGGCGUACACGGCGGGCUACCUCGACGCCGCAGACGCGAUCCGCGUGGCGUACUACCGCGGCCUGCACGCCCACCUCGCGCAGGGACCCGGCGCCGGCCUCGGGAAACGCGGCAAGAUGAUGGCCGUCGGGAUGGGUUGGGAGCAGGCGACCGCCUUUUGCGCCGAGUUCGACGGCGCCCUGGUCGCGGCGGCGAGCAAUUCGCACACGAGCUGCACGCUCGCGGGCGAUGCUGACGCCGUCGACAAGGCCUUUGCGCGCUUGCAGCAGGAGGGCACGUUUGCGCGGGUACUGCAGGUCGACACGGCCUAUCACUCGCAUCACAUGAAGCCGUGCGCCGGCCCGUACCUCGAGUCGAUGAAGGAAUGCGGCGUGAAGCUGCAGACGCCGCAGAAACGUCGCGGCCAGCAGCAGCAGCAGCAGCAGCAGCAGCAGCAAUGCCGAUGGUACUCGAGCGUUUGGGACAACGACGAUCACAAGGCUGACGGCGAGCUUCUUGAGGGCCAAUACUGGGUCGACAACCUGACGCGGCCGGUGAAAUUCAGCCAGGCGUUGGCGCGGGCGCUGGACCAAGACCACGUCUUUGAUCUGGCGCUCGAGGUCGGACCGCACCCCGCGCUCAAGGGACCGGCCUCGGAGACGAUCAAGACGUCGACGGGCGGUCUUGUCUCGCUGCCCUACGCCAGCGCCCUGAAGCGAGGGCAGGAUGCGGUCGAGUCCCUCACGGAAGCCCUGGGUACUGUUUGGUCUCUGUUCCCGUCGGCGCCCACCGGACGCCCCAUUGUCACCUUUGACGGCGUGCGUCGGGCCUUGCAGCAGGAUACCGCCGACAACACGGAAAUCGAACACGUUGGUGUCCUGAAGGGUCUGCCGCCCUACUCGUGGAAUCAUGACAGUCCCAUCUGGAAGGAGUCGCGGGCCUCUCGUCUCUUCCGCGUCGGCGGCCGCCGUGGUUACGGCCGGCACGAGCUCUUGGGCCACCCUGUUGUGUAUGGCGGUGGCGCGCGCGACAACAAGCGAGAGGUCCACUGGAAGCAGGUGCUCAGGCUGCAGGAGCUUCCUUGGCUGGCGGGACAUGUGAUCCAGGGAGAAGUCUUGUUUCCGGCGUCGGGCUACCUGUCCAUGGCGUACGAGGCCGCUCUCCAACUUGUUGUCGACGAUGACGAGAAGAAGCAGAAGCUGGUCCGGCUUGUCGAGCUCCACGAUAUCGACAUUGUGCGCGCAAUGCGCCUCGAGCAAGAUUCCGGUCUGGAAGUGGUGCUUACUGUUCGCGUGACGAGCCAGUCGGACGACUGCAUCACCGCCCAGGUGGCAUGCUACAGUGGACCCGUGGACGCGCCGCUGCCGCUGGACGCGCCGCAGACGGCACUCUCUGCCCACUUCACGGGAGGGGUACGGCUAUGGCUCGGCCGGUCCGAUUCCGACCAAGAGGAGGAGAACGAGGUCCUGCCGCACCGGACCGGGGAGAGUGCCAGGCCCCUGCCGAUGGACGCGCUAGACUUAGAGCAGCUCUACUCCAGCCUAGCUGAAGUUGGCCUGCAGUACGCCAGCCCCUUCAAGGCCAAAGCCGUGCUGCGCCGACUCCACCGAGCCACGGUGACCUUGUCCUCGCCGCCCGAGUCCUCUGCGCUCCACGCCUGCAUGCAUCCUGCGCCUGUCGACACGGCUGCCCAGGGCCUGCUCGCCGCCUUCUCGUUCCCGGGCGAUGACCGCCUGUCGACUCUCUACCUGCCAACACGGGUUGACUGUGUCCGGAUCAUCCCCCCAAACAGCCGACCGUCUGCGAGCGCGGGCAGAGAUGAGAACCCCAGCCAGCAGCAGCUCACUGCCGACGCAAUGGUGACCUCGACAGCCGGCUCCACCAUUGUGGGUGACAUUGACGUGUUCAACGCGGCCGACGAGGUCAAGGUCCAGAUCCGUGGCAUUUGCCUGACAGCCGUAGGCCAGCAGCAGCGUGAUGCUUGGCUAUACGCCGGGACGAGGUGGGUGCGAGAUGCAGACUCGGGCAUCGAACCGGAGCGUGCGGCGACGCUGUCCGAGGAAUUGAACGUGCAGUACGAGGUGCUGUCUCGCGCGUCCUACUUCUAUCUCCAGCAGUUCCGCACCAUCCUGCCGCAGGAGAUGCUCAUCAUGAGCAAGUCGUACAAGCGCAACGUGACGUGGGCGCUGGAGCAUCUGCUGCCGGAAAUCGAGGCCGGCGCACACUCGGGCUUGCCGGGAUUCAGGCCCGAAUGGAGACACGACACGCCCGAGAUAAUACAGGCUCUGAGGCAGGAGAGCAUCAGCAGCCAGAAGAGUGACGAGGAAAGGUACCACUGCGAAAUGCACUGGGACUUUCUGCGUUCCGUGGGCGACAAGCUCAUCUCUGUCGUCCGCAGCAUGACGCCGUGGGUGCGUAUCUGGACUCCCCAUCAACUCGAGUGGGUGUACGCCGACGGCAUCGGCUACAGUGCCGCCAACCGCGACGCGGCCACGCUCAUCGCGCAGCUCGCGCACCGGUACCCGCGCAUGAACAUUGUCGACGUGGGCGCCGGCACCGGUGGCACCUCGGGGGCCGUGCUCAAGGCGCUGCAGGAGCAGCAGUUGCAGUACGCGUCGUACAACUACACCGACAAAUCGACCGACGUCCUCGACCGAGCCCGCGUCCUGCACGGCCACCACAAGAACGUGACCUUCAAGAAGCUGGACAUCGACCAGGACCCGGCCGGCCAGGGCUUUCCGGACGCAACCUUCGACCUGGUCAUCGCGUCCAAGAUCCUCCACAAGCUCAAGAGCCUGUCGGACUCGCUGCGCCGCUGCCGGCAGAUGCUGCGUCCGGGCGGCCAGCUGAUCCUGCUCGAGCCCACCGACGACUUCCUCAUGUCUCAGAUUGUCAAGCUGGCACUGCCCGACUUCUUUGUCGGCCUCGAGGACGGCCGCGUUAACGGUCCUACCGUCGACCUCGAGCACUGGGACCGGCUCCUCCGGGCCACCGGCUUCGCCGGCGUGGACAGGACGAGCACGAGGACGGUGUCGUACUGCUCCGUCAUGGUGGCGCACGCCGUCGACGACACGAUCCGGCUCCUGCGGGAGCCGCUUGCAGCCACGCCCGAGACGUUGGCACCAUCGCUUGGCGACGUCUUCAUCGUGGCUGGGGGCGGCGCUAUCACUUCCAAUCUCGCAUCCCAGUGUCAGAAUCUCUUGCAAGCCGCCACGUCUUCCAAGACAGUCACCAUCGUGCCCGGCCUCGAUGCCGUGAGUACGGCCCACUACAUUUCCCCGGGCUCGGCCGUGCUGUGCCUGGCCGAGCUGGACCAUCCCGUCUUCCAGAGCGACGAAGGCGAUACGGCGCAGCGUUUCCGCGGGCUGCAGGACAUGAUGGCCACCGCCGGGUCCGUCCUCUGGGUGACGGCGGGCGCGCGCUCCGGCCGCGAUCCUUGCGCCAACAUGGUGGUCGGCAUGGGCAGCACGCUGCGGGCCGAGCGCGGCCCGUCGCUCCGGCUGCAGUUCCUCGACGUCGACAAACCCUCGGCGCUGCUGGAGUCGCCGAAUGGGGGCCCCGCCUUGCUGGCCACGAUGCUCCUCCGCCUCACCAUCUUCGACCCGGCAAGCGGAGAUGACUUUCUUUGGACGCAAGAGCCCGAGCUGGCCCUGGGCGAGGGCGGCGCGCUCUACAUCCCCCGCGUGCUGGCACUCGACGCGCCGAAUCGGAGGAACGCCGCACGGCAACGCAGAGUCACGCAACAGGCCGUCUUGCCUUCUCCGUCUCCAGGGGCGGCUGUCGUGCUAGAGCGUGGUCAGGAGGCGUCAUGGGAGCUGAAGACAGCCGAGCCGCUGGGAACCAGUCCGAGUGAGGGCAGAGGAGUGGUGCGCGUGCAGGUUACUGCAUCUUCCCUGCAGCGAUUCACCUGCAGCGACGGUGGCUCGCCCUCAGCAGCACAGGCAUUGCAUGUGUGCAUCGGCCGAGACGUGUCAUCCGGCGAAAGAGUCGUCGCCCUGUCCCGAGUAAACGGCUCUCUUGUCUCCAUAGCCCAAGGACACCACGUCUUGCGGCGCUGGCCGCGGUCCGGCAAAGGGGACGAGGGCAAGGACAGCAACGGCGACGACCUGGCAUGGCUGCAAACAUUCCUGGCGCGGGCGUGUGCCAGUCGCCUGCUCCUCGACGUCCAGGGGCCUGCGUGGAUUCACGGCGCUCCGGCGCAGCUCGGCGAAGCUCUCGACGUGGUGGCCCGCGAGAAGGGCAUCGCCAUCUUCCAAACCACGUCGACCGCAGGCGCAGCAGGCGUGACGACGUUUGUGCAUCCCUACGCGCGGGAGGAUGAUUUGCUGAAUCUCCCGCUUCCCGAGGGCCUGCGGACCUUUGUCAAUCUCUCAACAAGUCAAAGUGGUGCUGCCGUCAAGGCUCUGUGCUCUGCCCGGUCGAUCGAGAUCAAGCAAGUUGGCUGGGCUGACCUGACGGCCGGCUUCGAGGUCUCCGCCCCGUCGAUCGUGACCAAUGAGACUUACUUGGCUGAUCUGACGGCCCAGGCCGGCUCCGAGGUCUGCGAACUGGACCAUCUAGCCAAGAACCAUGACGUCGUCACGGACAGUGGUGGCACCGGCGAGAGCGUCGUGACGCUUGAGCAGGCUUCGGCCGGACUGCUGCCCGUGGAGCAGCAGCUCUCCCCCACAGCCGUGGUGGACUGGUGCGCGGCCGAGACCGUCACGGCUGACGUCUCCCCACUAGAGCACGGCGGGCUGUUUGCACCCGACAAGACCUAUCUCCUCUGCGGUAUGACGGGCGACAUGGGCAUCUCGGUGUGCCUCUGGAUGGUCGAACACGGCGCCCGCCACGUGGUGCUGAUGAGUCGGAACCCAAACAUUUCGUCUCGCAUCCUGGGCCACAUGGCCGGGAAAUUCGGCGCCGGCGUGCGUCCCAUGGCCGUUGACAUCACCAAUCUCGCCAGCCUGCGCGCUGCCGUCACCGCCAUCAGGGCCGACAUGCCUCCCAUCGGCGGGGUGAUGAACGGGGCCAUGAUCCUGCGAGACCGGCUCUUCCAGAACAUGCCGUGGGACGACUUCGCGGCCGUGCUAGCACCCAAGGUCGCCGGAUCUCGCAACCUGGACGCCGCCUUGUACGAGGACGAAAAGAAGGAGCCGCUCGACUUCUUCAUCUGCCUCUCGUCCAUCACGUCCAUCGCCGGGAACGUGGGGCAGUCGGCCUACGCGGCCGCGAACCAGUACAUGACGGGCCUGGUGCGGCAGCGGCGCCGGCACGGCCUGGCCGCGUCGGUGCUGCACAUCGCCAUCCUGACGGGCUUCGGCUACAUUCAUCGCAGCGACGCCGCGCACGCCGAGACCAUGAACAGGUCCCUCCGGACGCGCUACCACAACCAGGCGGAGCCGGAUCUGCACGCGAUGCUGGCCGAGGCCGUUGUCAGCGGCCGUGUCCGCGACGGUGACAGUGACAGUGACAGCACGACCGGUGGUGAGCUCAUCACGGGUCUGCGCACCGUGUUCGAGGGCGAGAAGCAGCAGCCGCAAGACCCACGUCUUGCGCGCUAUCUCCGGGACGGCGAGGGUGAUGAUUUGGACGCCAGCGCAGAGCGUGGUGCGGCGGCGAUGAGCGUGCAGGCACAGCUGACCGAGGUCGGCGCCGACGACGACGUGGGCCAGCAAAGAGCCGUGUUGGAGAAGGCCUUCGCCAUCGCUCUAGGCAAGCUGCUCGAGAUGGACCCGGCUACGAUCGACCCGGCGCGGCCGGUCGCCAACCUAGGCGUCGACUCGCUGGUGGCGAUCCGGAUCCGCGAGUGGAUGCUACGCGAGAUGGGCGUCGACGUGUCGGUGAUCAAGGUCAUGUCGGACACGUACCCCAUGUCGCGCAUGUGCGACGACGUCUUGGUCAGCUGGCGCAAGCAGCAGAAGAAGGAUAAUGUGACCGGAAAAUAAGGCCCCCAUAGGGAAUUGUGGAAGAGGUUGAAAGAGCGUUGUUUUUUAUAUAAAAGAAGGAGCAGAGGGUGCCUAUAUAUCCGAGCAGGGCGAGCCAGAGCGAGCGAGAGCCCUUAUCCAGGCCCGAACUAAAUCCCGAUUAGGAGGCGCAUCUAGUAAAAAUUGUCAAGGUUCCAAGUACCUUUUGGCUGUACGUUCUUAACAAACCGCCCGGUCGUAAAUUAUUUAAAAGAUGAAAAAUCUACUUUAAACGCUAGGAAAGAAAUAAAACCACGAUGGAUGCUUUUAGAGGGUCUAUUUUAGAAUAGAAUACUUAUUUUUCAUUUUC